AUGGCAGCUCAGACCGAGAAGAUGGCCGUCCCCACCGACGCUGAGCUGCUCAAGGCGCAGGCCGACCUGUGGCGCCACACCCUGUGCUACCUCACGCCCAUGGCGCUCCGAUGCGCCGUCGAGCUAGGCAUCCCCACGGCCAUCCACGGCCUUGGCGGCACCGCGUCGCCCCCCGACCUGAUCGCCGCGCUGUCUCUGCCCCAGUCCAAGCUGUCGUUCCUCGGCCGCCUGCUGUAUCAGCUGGCCACGGCGGGCGUCUUCGACACCACCGACGCGGGGACGACGUACCGCCUCAACCCGAUAUCGUACCUCCUGGUGGAUGGCGUCCACAUCGACGGCGACGCAUGCCAGACGGCCAUCGUGCGUGUGGCCUCCUCGCGGUACUACGUGGAGGCGGCAUUCGGGCUGGCGGACUGGUUCCGGAAGGACUUUGACGGGCCGGUGCCUUCGCCGUUCGAGGACUUGCACGGCGCGACCAUCUUCGACGACAGCAUGGCGCUCCUGGACCCGGAGAUGGAUAAGCUGGUCCACGAGGCCAAGGCUUCCCAUAACCAUAUGGGGAUCGGUCUUGUGCUCCGGCAGUGCCAUGACCUGUUUCAGGGACUUGAGUCUCUGACUGACUUGUGCGGUGGUGAUGGCACGACGGCGAGGGCCAUCGUCAGGGCCUAUCCGCACAUCAAGUGCACUGUGCUUGACCUGCCAAAGGUCAUCGACAAAGCUCCGGCUGAAGGUGUGGUUAAGCAUGUUGCUGGUGACAUCUUCCACGUCGUCCCGCCUGCUCAAGCUGUGUUGCUCAAGUCUGUUCUGCACUUGUGGAGCGACGAGGAUUGCAUCAAGAUCUUGGCACAAUGCAAGAAGGCCAUUCCUCCCCGAGGUGCAGGAGGAAAAGUCAUUGUGAUAGAUAUUGUGCUUAGCUCGGCUUCGGGGCUGAUGCUGGAAACCCAUCACCUGGUGGAUAUGUUGAAGCUGGUGAUGACGAGAGGCCGGCAGCGGGAUGAAAAGGACUGGAGCGACAUCUUCAUGAAAGCAGGUUUCAGCGAAUAUAAGAUUUUCAAGAAAGUUGGAGCUCGAGCUGUCAUUGAGGUCUACCCGUAA